AUUAUUCUGAUCAUAACCUAAGUUUUUUUCCUUCUUGUAGUGAUACUUUUCCACAAUUUUCCAAAGAACAUGCAGAGUUUAAGGGUUUUGGUGCGACCUUCUCUUCGAAAGAAUUGGUCAAAGAAACUCUCUCUAAGUUCGAUCCUCAGUCAAAAUGCGGAACCGCAGCCCAAGAUCGAAAACAUAACGAUACCUCCACCGUCAAACGUCGACAAGCCACUGUCGCCGAAAAUCGAGCAGCUCGUAACAGCCAUUUCAAAUCUGACACUAAUCGAAGUAAGCGAGUUGAGCGGUGGCUUAAAGAAACGUUUGAAUCUUCCUGAUGCUCCGAUGAUGCCCGUCGGUUUCGCGCCUGGCGCUGGGGCGCCUGCGGAAGAGGAGGAGGAGGAGGUCGCGCAAAAAGUGAAAAGUUCCUAUACGGUUAAGCUGAUGAAGUUCGACGAAAAACAGAAGGUGCCCCUAAUUAAGGAGGUCAAAGCGCAAAUCGAAGGUAUGAACUUAGUGCAAGCCAAGAAGUUCGUCGAGAGUGCGCCUGCCGUUUUAAAAUCAGAUAUCAGUAAAGAGGAGGCGGAAAAAUUAAAAGAGGCCCUUACGAAGGUCGGUGGCGAAAUUGUCAUUGACUAGACCUUGUUAGAAUGUAGUAAUAAGAUUUAAUAAAUAAGAUUUUGUUUA